AUGAAUCAAAAACCGUCCGUUGGUUCUCCUGAGUGGCACCAAAUUCGCAAGAACAAUCACAAAGAGGUGGAACGUCGGCGUCGUGAAGCUAUCAACGAGGGUAUUAAUCAGCUAGCGCGUCUGGUCCCCAACUGUGACAAGAACAAAGGCGCUAUCCUACAGCGUACAAUCGAGUACAUCUGCCAGCUGCAUGAUGAGAAGAAAACGAUGAGUGAACGAUGGGAGCAAAAUAACAUGACUACAAGUCAUGCUAUCAACGAGAUCAGCGCCCAGAAUUCCAAGUUGAAAUUAGAAGUUAACCGCCGUGGAGAUAUCGCCCAGAAGUGGCUUCAGCGCUGUCGCGACGCAGGUCUCGAGUUCGACGACUACAACGAUGCUGAAGAGCUCGAGCCCCUUGAGGUCGACCAGGGUCAGGUCUGA